AUCUAAUCGCCCCUUCUAGCCGCCGUUCAGACAGACACGUCCCGGGAGUGAGCGGGGCGCGCGGAGCUGCAGCCAUGGCUGCGGCCGCUGAGGGCGCCCGCAGGAGGGAGCGCGUCCUCUGCCUGUUUGACGUGGACGGGACCCUCACACCGGCUCGCCAGAAAAUCGACCCUGAGGUGGCUGCCUUCCUGCAGAAGCUUCGAAGUCGGGUGCAGAUCGGUGUGGUGGGCGGCUCGGACUACUCUAAGAUUGCUGAGCAGCUGGGAGAGGGGGAUGAAGUCAUUGAGAAGUUUGAUUAUGUGUUUGCUGAGAACGGGACAGUGCAGUAUAAGCAUGGACGACUGCUCUCCAAGCAGACCAUCCAGAACCACCUCGGGGAGGAGCUGCUGCAGGACUUGAUCAACUUCUGCCUCCGCUACAUGGCCCUGCUCAAACUGCCCAAGAAGCGUGGAACCUUCAUCGAGUUCCGGAAUGGCAUGCUGAACAUCUCGCCCAUCGGCCGGAGCUGCACCCUGGAGGAGCGGCUCGAGUUCUCCGAGCUGGACAAGAAGGAGAAGAUCAGGGAGAAGUUCGUGGAAGCUCUGAAGACGGAGUUCGCCGGCAAAGGGCUGAGGUUCUCCCGAGGAGGCAUGAUCAGCUUUGACGUGUUCCCUGAGGGCUGGGACAAACGCUACUGCCUGGACAGCCUGGACCAGGACAGCUUCGACACCAUCCAUUUCUUUGGCAACGAGACCAGCCCGGGUGGGAACGACUUUGAGAUCUACGCCGACCCCCGGACUGUGGGCCACAGCGUGGUCUCCCCUCAGGACACAGUGCAGCGAUGUCGUGAGAUCUUUUUCCCAGAGACAGCCCACGAGGCAUGACCGCGACUUCCAGAGGCCUCCCCCAGGCCUAACGCCACCCUGGCCCUGGUGCUGGAUGGGCCGGCCCUCUCCUUUGGCCCAGGACACCUGCCUCGCAUCACCUGCUGCAAGGCCAGGGUCUGUGCAGCGACUGCCCCACGGCCAGCUCCCGGUGGACUGGCUCCGUCCUGCACCCUGAUGGCCCCGGCUACAGCUGCUGCUUGUACUUCUGAACAGAAUGGGUUUUGUCUACACUGGAGGAGGUGGACGCGAGUGUCUGUACGAGACAGCCCGCCCUGCCUUCCUGUCCCAGUCGGGGUGCAGGGCAGUGGGGAGGGUGUGUACUUGUGAGAACUUGAUCACAAAUAUUAAAGUUCCCACAACAAGG